UCAAUUCUGCAAGUGGUUCUGAUUUACUAUCGCUGUUCUCUAGCUGGUCUAAAACUGAUUUUGACCUAAAGGGACACUUUUUGGACAUCAUGGACCUUUCUCAGUUUCCAGGCAGAAAGAACAGUAAAAAUGCAGGCAGGGCACAGGACAAAGCACUCGGGACAAAAUGUAUGUGAAAUGGUUUAAUACAUGAAUUUAGUGAAUGUCACUUUUUGUCAUUUAAAAUUUCCCGCCGAUCCUUCCCCUGUACAUCCCGACACUCACAGGGGACGGAACCCAGAUGACAGAUGCCGGCAUCCGCGGGAGGACAUUACAGGGGACACUGCAGGAGGGACAUCGCAGGGGAGCGCAGGACAAGGUAAGAGAAGAACAGAUCCCGGAGCAGCGCCGCAUGGUAAGCCCGAGUGUAGCUCGGGGUUACCGCUUGUGGUACUGAAA